AUGGAGUUAUCCGAUGUGCGCUGCUUGAGCAGCACGGAAGAACUCUACACCAUUAACCCGACACCCCCGGCCAGCGGCGGCAGCGGGGGGAGCUGCAGCGGUGCCGGCGGUGGCUCGCGACCCCAGAGGCUGCUGUGGCAGACCGCGGUGCGGCACAUCACCGAGCAGCGCUUCAUCCACCAGAGCGGCGUCUGCGGCGGGAACGGCAAGACCAGCGACCCUGGCGGCCCCAACCACCACGCGCCCCACCUCCAGCAAGCCCCAGCCCUCCCCCUCUACCCUUUGGGUCAGCCCGGGCGUCUGGGCUCGGCCGGGAAAGGCGGUCACAACAACGGGGGUGGCCCCACCAAAGUCUUCCCGGAGCGGAGGGGCAGCAGCGGUGACCUGGGUUUCCUGCACCUUGACUGCGCUCCCAGUAACUCGGAUUUUUUUCUCAACUGGGGUUACACCUACCGAGGGGUGAUCUUCCCCACCCUACGGAACUCCUUUAAGUCCCGGGACCUGGAGCGCCUCUACCAGCGCUAUUUCCUGGGACAGCGGCGCAAGUCCGAGGUGGUCAUGAACAUCUUGGACGUGUUGACCAAACUAACCUUGCUCGUGCUCCACCUGACCCUGGCGUCGGCCCCCAUGGACCCCCUCAAGGGCAUCCUUCUGGGUUUCUUUACAGGCAUCGAGGUGGUCAUCUGUGCUUUGGUGGUGGUCAGGAAGGACACCACUUCCUACACAUACCUACAGUACAGCGGGCUGGUGACCUGGGUGGCCAUGACGACUCAGAUCCUGGCCGCAGGUCUGGGCUACGGGCUCCUAGGGGAUGGGAUUGGCUAUGUGCUCUUCACUCUCUUCGCCACCUACAGCAUGCUGCCGCUGCCCCUCACCUGGGCCAUCCUUGCGGGGCUGGUAACAUCUCUAGUGCAGAUCGUCCUGGAACUAAUCAUCCCCCGGUUGGCGGUGAAUUCCAUCAACCAGAUAGUGGCUCAGGCGGUCUUGUUCAUGUGCAUGAACACAGCAGGAAUCUUCAUUAGCUACCUGUCAGACAGAGCCCAACGUCAAGCCUUCCUGGAAACCCGAAGAUGUGUGGAAGCAAGGUUGAGACUAGAAACGGAGAAUCAGAGACAGGAAAGACUGGUACUUUCUGUCCUGCCUCGGUUUGUCGUCCUAGAGAUGAUCAAUGAUAUGACCAACGUGGAAGACGAGCAUUUGCAGCACCAGUUCCACAAGAUCUACAUCCAUCGCUAUGAGAAUGUCAGUAUUCUUUUUGCAGAUGUUAAAGGAUUUACCAACCUUUCCACGACCUUGUCAGCACAGGAGCUGGUCAGGAUGUUGAAUGAACUCUUUGCCAGAUUUGAUCGACUGGCCCAUGAACAUCAUUGUCUUCGAAUUAAGAUAUUGGGGGACUGUUACUAUUGUGUGUCUGGACUCCCUGAACCUCGUCAGGACCAUGCCCACUGCUGUGUUGAAAUGGGGCUCAGUAUGAUCAAGACCAUCAGGUAUGUUAGGUCAAGGACAAAGCAUGACGUUGACAUGCGCAUAGGCAUCCAUUCUGGAUCAGUCCUCUGUGGAGUGUUGGGUCUCCGGAAGUGGCAGUUUGAUGUUUGGUCCUGGGACGUGGACAUCGCAAAUAAGCUAGAAUCAGGUGGAAUCCCUGGGAGGAUUCACAUCUCCAAAGCCACACUGGACUGCCUCAAUGGGGAUUAUAACGUUGAAGAAGGGCACGGUAAAGAACGAAAUGAGUUCUUGAGAAAACAUAACAUAGAGACCUAUUUAAUAAAGCAGCCCGAGGAAAGUCUCUUGACUUUGCCCGAAGACAUUGUAAAGGAGUCAGUCAGCUCCUCAGAUAGGAGAAACAGUGGGGCCACAUUUACAGAAGGAUCCUGGAGCCCUGAACUCCCAUUUGAUAACAUUGUGGGGAAACAGAAUACUCUGGCUGCCCUAACAAGAAAUUCAAUAAAUCUGCUUCCAAACCAUCUUGCACAAGCUUUGCAUGUCCAGUCUGGGCCUGAGGAAAUUAACAAGAGAAUAGAGCACACCAUCGACUUACGGAGUGGCGAUAAAUUGAGAAGAGAGCAUAUCAAGCCUUUCUCACUGAUGUUUAAAGACUCCAGCCUGGAGCAUAAGUAUUCUCAAAUGAGGGAUGAAGUAUUCAAAUCAAACUUGGUCUGUGCAUUUAUCGUACUUCUCUUUAUCACCGCAAUCCAAAGUUUGCUUCCUUCUUCAAGGAUGAUGCCAAUGGUCAUUCAAUUUUCUCUCUUGAUCAUGCUGCACUCGGCCCUUGUUCUUAUCACCACAGCAGAGGAUUAUAAGUGUUUACCACUUGUGCUGCGGAAAACUUGCUGUUGGAUUAAUGAGACCUAUCUGGCCAGAAAUGUUAUCAUCUUUGCCUCCAUCUUGAUUAAUUUCCUUGGUGCCAUCUUAAAUAUUCUGUGGUGUGAUUUUGACAAGUCAGUACCCUUGAAGAACCAGACUUCCAAUUCCUCGGCUGUGUUUACAGAUAUCUGCUCAUACCCAGAGUACUUCGUCUUCACGGGUGUGUUGGCCAUGGUGACCUGUGCAGUUUUCCUCCGACUUAACUCUGUCCUGAAGCUGGCUGUGUUGCUGAUUAUGAUUGCAAUCUAUUCUCUACUGAUGGAGACCAUUUAUGCUUCGCUCUUUCUGCACUAUGACAACUUUAAUCACAAUGGAGAGGAUUUCCUGGGAACCAAGGAGGCCUCUCUGCUUUUGAUGGCCAUGUUUCUCCUUGCUGUGUUUUACCAUGGACAGCAGCUAGAAUACACAGCUCGUCUGGACUUCCUCUGGCGUGUUCAGGCCAAAGAGGAGAUCAAUGAGAUGAAAGAACUGAGGGAGCACAAUGAGAACAUGCUUCGUAACAUUCUGCCCAGUCACGUGGCCCGACAUUUCUUAGAGAAGGACCGAGAUAACGAGGAGCUGUAUUCCCAAUCCUAUGAUGCUGUUGGUGUGAUGUUUGCCUCCAUCCCAGGAUUUGCUGAUUUUUAUUCUCAAACCGAAAUGAAUAACCAAGGAGUGGAAUGUCUUCGCUUGCUGAAUGAAAUCAUCGCUGACUUUGAUGAGUUACUUGGGGAAGACCGAUUUCAAGAUAUCGAAAAAAUUAAGACGAUCGGCAGCACUUACAUGGCAGUAUCAGGCUUAUCACCUGAGAAACAGCAAUGCGAAGAUAAGUGGGGACACUUAUGUGCUCUGGCUGACUUCUCUCUCGCCCUGAACGAAAGCAUACAGGAGAUCAACAAGCAUUCAUUUAAUAAUUUUGAGCUCCGCAUUGGUAUCAGCCAUGGAUCUGUGGUAGCAGGAGUUAUUGGCGCCAAGAAGCCACAGUAUGAUAUCUGGGGCAAAACCGUCAACCUGGCAAGUCGUAUGGAUAGCACAGGCGUCAGUGGCCGGAUCCAAGUGCCGGAGGAGACAUAUCUCAUCCUGAAGGACCAAGGCUUUGCUUUUGACUACAGAGGAGAGAUUUAUGUCAAAGGCAUCAGUGAACAGGAAGGAAAAAUCAAAACAUAUUUUCUUCUGGGAAGAGUACAACCCAAUCCAUUAAUCUUACCACCAAGAAAACUGCCUGGACAGUACUCCUUGGCAGCUGUUGUCCUGGGACUGGUUCAAUCACUAAACAGGCAAAGACAGAAGCAAAUACUCAAUGAGAACAACAACCCCGGCAUUAUAAAGGCUCAUUAUAACCGACGGACUUUGUUGACUGCCAGUGGACCUGAACCAGCAGCCCAAGCAGAAGGCGUUGAUAAAUCUGACUUGCCAUAA